AUGUACUUCCAUAAAUGUGAGAUUUAUGCUGUAGCUUCGAGCACUCGAUUGCACUUAAGACACGGUGCUAAAGUCAAUCUGCCGCGAUUCGUGGGCCCUGGUUCGAAUGUCACUGUGGCCUUGGGGCGAGAAGCGACCCUCACUUGCAAGGUUGACAAUUUACAGUCCUUUAAGGUGGCAUGGCUCCGUGUGGACACGCAAACGAUCCUAACCAUCGCCGGACACGUUAUCACCAAGAACCACAGGGUCAGCGUCAACCACGGUGACGGAACGUGGAGUCUUCUCCUGAGGGAGGUGUCUCCGGGCGACGGAGGGCGAUACAUGUGCCAGAUUAAUACGGAACCCAUGAUGAGCCAGACGCAUAUUCUGCAGGUGGUCGUGCCACCAGACAUAGAUGACGAAGCGAGCAGCAGAGACAUCAUAAUCAAGGAGGGACAGAACGCAGCCCUGAGGUGCGUCGCAUCUGGCACUCCCUCUCCAAAUGUAGCCUGGAGGAGGGAGGACUCAAGGCACUUUAAGAUUGACAACGUCACGCUGAUAUCAAAAUCCAGCGGCGAAUGGUUGAACCUGACUGGCGUGGAAAGGACGACUUCCGGUGCUUACCUUUGCAUCGCCUCGAACGGCGUCCCGCCUUCCGUUAGCAAGAGGAUCAUACUGCACGUUGUGUUUGCCCCCUCUGUGUGGACGGGUCGGGUCGCAAUCAGAGCCCUAUCUGGAACUUCGGUGUCUCUGCAAUGUACAGCGGAGGCGUACCCCGUACCUCAGACUUACUGGGUACUCAACGGUGAACAGAGACUCGUUAAUGGUACCAAGUAUAGAGUGAGUCGAACGUCCAGAGGUUACCGACACACGGCGACGCUUGUCGUGAGCAACAUGUCGCGCGAUGACGCCGGCUCUUAUCGAUGCCACGUGGAAAAUAGCGCUGGGAAGGCGCACGCUGACGUCUUUUUGCACAGUGAGUAUAUGCGCCGCUUUGCUCACGACAACUACGACUACAACAACAACAACCACAACGACAACAACAACUACUACAACCACAACACCUCGACCGACAACAAUCAUUUCACCAAAUGUCGAGAGCCACUUGGAGCAGUUGCAUCGAGAAGUGAUGGAGGAUCCGGCUCUCGAAGACAACUAUGUGGUGCUCAGCCAGCACCAGAUGCAGAACUUGGAAAUGGUAACGACGAUGUGACCGUCGAGUGGGGGCCGCGCGGAGUCUCCGUGGUCAGACGGUUGGCCCCCCCUACACGACGAUUCACCGAGAUUUGCCCCAACCCUAGCCACUUUUAUCAUCACGUUAGCCGCUUUCGCGUGAUGCUGGAUCUUUGA